UAAUGAAUUUUGUGGUAUUUCAUCACUUUCAUUUUCAUUGUUAUAAAAAUAAAUCAGUAAUUGAGAACUAUGCAACCUGAACUACCUGUGACUGCAGAAAUAUUCUGUGGAAAUUUCCCUAAUUUUGGGCGACCAACUGUAAUUGGUUACAUUGGUUUAGAAAACCUGAAAUAUGCUCGAAAAAUUCAUAAUACAAAAGUUAAUUUCGAUCUAAAUGUUCAGUUAGAAAAUGCCAUUCACAAACCAGAAGGUGUAGAUGUGAAAUUGAAUGAUCUGUUGCGAUUCCUCCUAGAACAUGAAGCAAGAUUAAAUUUGCCCAGAGAAAUCAAAUUACAAAAUGCAAGAUUCUUCUGCUACCGCGGGCUUAUGACUUGUGUAGCUUGCACACCCUAUGAAAAUAAAGAACCAUGGAAAAUUGUUGCUAUGCUGUUUAAAGGCAAUAUAUAUUUAUGUGCCAGGGAUACGGAAGAAAAAAUUAAGCGAGUAAGCAAUAUGACCCAGGAAGAAAAGAAAUUUACAUCAUGGGGGUAUAAGUUUGAGCAGUAUAUGUUAUCAGAUACUCCAAAUACUGAACCUAAUCCAAAUAUACCUGUUGAUGAGACUGAAGAAUUUUCAUUAGUAUUUAAAACACAUUUAAAUCAACAUAGCAUAGUAUAUGGAGCGGAAAUGGAUGGGAUUUGUUGCAAUAGUGGACAAAUUGCACCACCACCGACAACAGAACUCGGAGCUGAUGCAAUUGUGCAGUAUCUCUCUACCAAGGAAUUUGUAGAGCUUAAAACAAGCAAGCAAAUGGAGCAUCCGCGCCAAGAAGCCAGCUUCAGGCGAUUUAAGACAAAGAAGUGGUGGUGCCAGUCAUUCCUUGUUGGCAUAGACACUGUGCUUUGUGGAUUUCGGGAUGAUGCUGGCAUUGUAAAGGAACUUAAAACAUAUAGAAUGAGAGAUUUAACAAGGAUGUCACAGAGAUACUGGAAUCCAAAUGUAUGUUUUAACUUCUUGGAUGAGUUUCUGUCAUAUGUAAAGAGAUGUCUGGCGAGUGUAAUCAGACAAAGACAUGGUGACAAUGCCUUAAACAAUUUACAAGCAUUGCCACUCAUCAGUAUUCUUCUGGAGUGGGGACCAGGUAUGCCCGUGCAACUAGCUGGAGACUACUGCCAUGAAGAUGACCCCAUUUUACAUGAAUGGUUCACCAGCAAAUUUGGACAAUUUGACAAGAGCAAAUCCUAAUUGUUGCUUAGAGUAGUUAUUAAGCCGUAAGAAAAU